AUGGAACAUGAUCGCCCUCCAGAUGUGUACGAAUGGCAAGUCCUACCAUUCGGCACCACCUGCUCGCCAUGUUGUGCCAGCUAUGCUUUAUGGAAACAUGUCUCGGAUCACAAAGCUGGCAAUGAAGAAGUACUCAAAUCUGUAGAAGAAUCAUUCUAUGUUGACAAUUGCUUGCAUAGCCUACCUACAGCAACAGAAGCCAAGGAACUUGUACGGAAAAUGAGAGACUUGCUUGCACAAGGUGGCUUCAACAUUAGGCAGUGGACCAGCAAUAUUCCAUCCGUUGUGGCAGACCUUCCGUCCGAUGCUAGAUCGGGAAAUACAGAACUUUGGCUUACCUUCGGCCAGGGUGACUCCCUUGAGCCAGCCCUAGGCUUGCGUUGGAACUGUGAAUCUGAUGAGCUCACCUACAAACACAGAACCAUAGAGUAUGAAGAGCUUACCAUGAGAGUGAUCUACAGGAUUCUUGCUAGUCAGUAUGAUCCCAUCGGCUACUUGGCACCAUUCCUUGCACGAGCCAAAAUCAUAGUACAAGACUUAUGGAAGUCAAAGAGAAACUGGAAUGACCCUAUAGAAAAGGGGGACAUCUGUGAAAGAUGGCUGACCUGGGAAAAGGAGCUAGAAGAAAUCCCAAUGGUCACUCUACCAAGGUGUUACACACCCCAUUGUGUGGACUCUGGAAGUGCAGACCGACAACUACACAUCUUUUGUGAUGCUUCUGACAGAGUGUAUGGUUCAGUAGCAUACUUGCGCACAACAGACGAAGAAGCAAACAUCUAUGUCAGUUUCCUUAUGGCGCGAUCAAAGGUUUCCCCAAAGAAACAGCUGUCUAUGCCACGCCUAGAACUAUGUGCAGCUCUCACCGGUGCUCAGCUAGCUGAUGUGUUGAGCAAGGAAUUAACUUUGCCAAUCCAGAAAGUGAUAUUGUGGAGUGACUCUACUACUGUACUUGGUUGGCUGAAGUCAGAAUCAUGCAGAUACAAGGUAUUCGUUGGAACACGAGUAUCAGAAAUCCAGAAUCUCACAGAUGUACAGAACUGGCGAUAUGUUGACACACAGAGAAAUCCUGCCGAUGACAUUACUCGAGGUAAACUGCUCAGAGAACUCUGCAAGGAAUCGCGGUGGAAGGAUGGGCCAGAUUUCAUGCACCAGACACCUGAUCGCUGGCCAGUUACCCCAGUGACAAUAGACUCUGACAAUACAGAGAUAAAGAAAUCUGUGAUGUGUGGCACAAUUUUUGUGAAUACACCUCAGCUGCCAGAUGCAGAACAGUACACUUCUUGGGAAGUGUAUGUGGCUGAUGUUAAAGAGUCCUUUGAUGGGGCGGCCUUCCCGGAAAAUGCUCAACCCCUGACCGCUGAACGGUUUGAACAAAUAGAGAACCAUCUCUAUCAACUAGUGCAGAUAGAAUUCACAGCACUAAAAUCAGGUAAACGAUUGCCUCCAGACAGCCGGCUCCUCCAGCUUGACCCUAUCUAUGAUGCAGAAUCAGAAUCUGAUCAGAGUAGGAGGACGCUUACAGAGAGCUGA